CUGGUUGGCGAGAUCAUGCAGGAGACAGGGCCGCGCGCAAUCAAUAUUCCCCCACCCAGUGUCAACCGGACAGAGAUCGUCUUUACCCGAGAGAAGGAACAACUGGCUCAGGCUGUGGCUCCCAUCAGGAAGAUUUAUAAGGAGAAGAAAAAGAAGACUACAACCAUCACAAUGGAAGUGAAGAAAUCCCAGCCCAAGUAUGUCAUGGGGCCCAAGCACAAUUCUUUGAAGGAGAUCCUUGAGAGAGCCAGCGUUUCAGUUGAGAUCCCAUCCUCAGACAGCAUCUCAGAGACUGUAAUACUUCGAGGCGAGCCUGAAAAGUUAGGUCAGGCUUUGACUGAAGUCUAUGCCAAGGCCAAUAGCUUCACUGUCUCCUCUGUCGCCACCCCUUCCUGGCUUCACAGUUUCAUCAUUGGCAAGAAAGGACAGAACCCGGCCAAAAUCAUUCAGCAGAUGCCACAGGUUCACAUCGAGUUCACAGAGGGCAAAGGCAAGACCACCCUGGAGGCCCCUACCAAGGAUGUCAGUGUGGCCCAGGAACAGAUAGAAAGCAUGGUCAAAGAUUUGAUUAACCAGAUGGACUACGUAGAGAUCAAUAUCGACCACAAGUUCCACAGGCACCUCCUUGGGAAGAGUGGUGCCAACAUAAACAGAAUCAAGGACCAGUACAAGGUGUCCGUGCGCAUCCCUCCCGACCGUGAGAAGAACAACUUGAUCCGCAUUGAGGGGGACCCGCAGGGUGUGCAGCAGGUCAAGCGAGAGCUGCUGGAGCUUGCGUCUCGCAUGGAAAAUGAGCGUACCAAGGAUCUAAUCAUUGAGCAGAGAUUUCUUCGCACAAUCAUUGGGCAGAAGGGUGAACGGAUCCGUGAAAUUUGUGACAAAUUCCCAGAGGUUAUCAUCAAUUUCCCAGACCCAGCACCAAAAAGUGACAUCGUCCAGCUCAGAGGACCCAAGAAUGAGGUGGAAAAAUGUACAAAAUACAUGCAGAAGAUGGUGACAGAUCUGGUGGAAAACAGCUACUCAAUUUCUGGUCCCAUCUUCAAACAGUGCCACAAGAACAUCAUUGGGAAAGGAGGUGCAAACUUUAAUCGUGAGGAAAGCAACACCAACAUUGAUCUUCCAGCAGAGAAUAGCAAUUCAGAGACCAUUAUCAUCACAGGCAAGCGAGCCCACUGCAAAGCUGCCCGGAGCAGGAUUCUGUCUAUUCAGAAAGACCUGGCCAACAUGGCUGAGGUCUCCAUCCCCGCCAAGCCGCACAACUCCCUCGUUGGCACCAAGGGCCGUCUGAUCUGCUCCAUCAUGGAGGAGUGUGGCGGAGUCCACGUUCACUUUCCCGUGGAAGGUUCAGGAAGCGACACUCUUGCUAUCAGGGGCCCUUCCUCGGACGUGGAGAAGGCCAAGAAGCAGCUCCUACAUCUGGCGGAAGAGAAGCAAACCAAAAGUUUCACCGUUGACAUCCGCGCCAAACCAGAAUACCACAAAUUCGUCAUCGGCAAGGGGGGUGGCAAAAUUCACAAGGUGCGUGACAGCACUGGAGCACGUGUCGUCUUCCCUGCGGCCAGGGACAAGGACCAGGACCUGAUCACUAUCAUCGGAAAGGAGGAUGCUGUCCAGGAGGCAAAGAAGGAGGUGGAGGCCUUCAUCCAAAACCUGGAUAAUGUGGUGGAAGACUACAUGCUGGUGGACCCCAGGCACCACCGCCACUUCGUCAUCCAAAGAGGCCAGGUCUUGCAGGAGACUGCUGAAGAGUAUGGUGGCGUGAUGGUCAGCCUCCCACGCUCUGGCACACACAGUGACAAAGUCACCCUCAAAGGCACCAAGGACUGUGUGGAGGCAGCCAAGAAGUGCAUUCAGGAGAUCACUGAGAACCUGGAAGCUCAGGUGACAUUAGAAUGUGCUAUACCCCAGAAAUUCCAUCCAUCUGUCAUGGGCCCCAAAGGUUCCAGAAUCCAGCAGAUUACUCGGGAUUUCAAUGUUCAAAUUAAAUUCCCAGGUAGAGAGGAGAACCCAGUUCACAGUGUAGGGCCAGCUGUCCAGGAGAACGGGGACAAAGCUGGGGAGGGGAGAGAGGCCAAAGACGCUGACCCUGGCUCUCCAAGGAGGUGUGACAUCAUCAUCGUCUCCGGCCGGAAAGAAACGUGUGAGGCUGCCAAGGAAGCCCUGCAGGCACUGGUUCCUGUCACCAUCGAAGUAGAGGUGCCCUUUGACCUUCACCGUUACAUCAUUGGGCAGAAAGGAAGCAGGAGCCGCAAGAUGAUGGAUGAGUUUGAGGUAAACACACAUGUGCCAGCCCCUGAGCUGCAGUCCGACAUCAUUGCCAUCACAGGCCUCGCUGCAAAUUUGGACCGGGCCAAGGCUGGACUUCUGGAGCAUGUGAAGGAACUGCAGGCUGAGCAGGAGGACCGGGCUUUAAGGAGUUUUAAGCUGAGUGUCACUGUAGACCCCAAAUACCAUCCCAAGAUUAUUGGGAGAAAGGGGGCAGUGAUUACCCAAAUCCAGCUGGAGCAUGACAUGAACAUCCACUUCCCUGAUAAGGACGAUGGGAGCCAGCCUCAGGACCAAAUUACCAUCACAGGGUACGAAAAGAACCCAGAAGCUGCCAGGGACGCUAUAUGGAGAAUUGUGGGUGAACUCGAGCAGAUGGUUUCUGAGGAGGUCCCGCUGGACCACCGUGUUCACGCCCGCAUCAUCGGGGCCCAAGACAAAGUCAUUCGCAAAAUUAUGGACGAAUUCAAGGUGGACAUUCGCUUCCCACAGAGCGGGGCCCCAGACCCCAACUGCGUCACUGUGACAGGGCUCCGAAACGUGGAGGAAGCCACUGACCACAUUCUCAACCUGGAGGAGGAAUACCUGGCCGAUGCGGUGGACAGCGAGGCGCUGCAGGUGUACAUGAAACGCCUGGCACACGAGGAGGCCAAGGCGCCAUCCAGAGGCUUUGUGGUGCGGGACGCACCCUGGGCUGCCAGCAGCAGUGAAAAGGCUCCUAACAUGAGCAGCUCUGAGGAAUUUCCCAGCUUUAGGGCACAGGUGGCUCCCAAGACCCUCCCUUGGGGCCCCAAACAGUAACGUUCAAAAA